GAGGGGCUUCGCGCUUUGACUCUCAGCGCCGCCCGUAGCUCACAGCCGCGGCGGGAAAGUCCGACCGAGGCGUUUGCCUUCGAGCGCCUGCCAGGGGCGGCCUGCCGUGAUGCAGGAGACAGAGGAGACCGAGGAGCAGGAGCGACUGUCUUACCAGCAGAGGCUCAAGGCAGCGGUGCAUUACACGGUCGGUUGUCUGUGCCAAGAAGUUGCAGAGGACAAAGAGAUGCAGUUCAGCAAGCAAACCAUUGCCGCGAUUUCGGAGAUGACCUUCCGGCAGUGCGAAAAUUUUGCCAGAGACGUUGAAAUGUUCGCCAGACAUGCGAAAAGGAACACGGUCAACACGGAAGAUGUGAAGCUCCUGGCCAGGCGGAGUAACUCACUGCUGAAAUACAUCACGGAGAAAAGCGAAGAGCUGAACCAAGAGCGAAAGGCGAAGAAGAAGAAGCAGCCGAAGGAUGGGAACCAGAGCUGCAGGGAGCCGGCAGAGGCCGGAGGAGGGGACAGUGAGAGUUAAGGCCUCCACGGGGAGAGCCACCAAGAAACGCCUGUCCCCUGUCGCCAGCCCGGCUUUGGAGGGGUUAGGGAUUCGGAAGGAAAGCAGCUGGACUGGCCGGCUCCUGUGCUGUGUUCUCUAAGCCCGAGCUUCCAGGACGCUGGGGUCCUCAGCGAGGCACCCUGGGUCGCAGCCAAACCCCGGAAAGGCUCCAGAGCCGAAGUAGCUGAACCAGGUCAACAAGUGGCCAGGAUGGACGUUUCCAACCAGAAAUCCUAAUUACUUCCUCACUGUGUGAGAUAAUUCUCCAGGCUAAAUGAUGACCCCUCGGAGAUGAAUAAAGCUGUAUCGUGGA